CGGAAACUGAACGACGGUUACUGGCGAAAUGAUUCGACUAGCACCUGGCCUCUCCUCUAUGGAGCCUACCCACCCUUAAACUCGUUAUGGAAGGCCUGGGGUACAUAUAGACUGUAUGCGAUGGCGGAAGAAUCCCUUCUGCUGCAACGGUCCUCCAGGGCUCCUACUCACGCAAGCAAGAGCAAACGACGCAUCGCGACUACGAACCCUCUAAGUUCUGCCUUACCAUGCACGCAUCUCAUAGACCAUCCUACGGCGGACAGUAUGACGGCGAUGCUGGAGCCUUGCAGCCGGGCGAGAUUACGACGACGCCGGCUGGGACAACGUUCAGUUCGGUCAACUCAGGCACAUCCGCUCACGCGCCCACGAACGUUGGACAGACUUUGCGGCCUGACGAAGCUGCAUACCACAGUCCCUUGCCUCGGCAGCCUCCUUUCUGCCCCUUGGAUGGCUCCAACGCCAUGUCGCGCAGCUUCGCGCCGAGCGCACGACAUGCAUCAGAGGAGUCUCUGCCGUCUGGGCUACCGUCGAUAGCCAUGCCUACAACAGGAUCCCCUCUCGUUUGGUUUCCACCACCGCCCUCGCCCGCCUCGGCGAGCGACGGUAGCCCUGCCAUGACGCUCUUUGCACCGGGCCAGCAAUUCGGCACGAGCAAGCGCUCCAUACCGCAUCCUUACGCUCGAAUCAAUGCUCGGAAGGAACAUGGCAACAUCUCCAAGCGGCGCAGGAUCUGGUAUCAUGAGCUCGAGAAGCAUAUCUUCACUCCACAGGAAGUUUCCGGAACGAGCGCGCCGAAGCGUCGCGCCACGUAUGUCGCCAGCCUGGAGGCGCACAUCGAUAAAGUACACAACGAGCUCAUCCGCAUGGGGUUGUAUCCGGUUCCGUAUAAUAAGCUGGUCCCGCUCAAAGGGCUGAACAGCAAGACGGCCAAGGGCAUGAUCGCGGGUCUGAACGCAGAUGCGCAACAAGCUGAGCUCAAACUGCUCGAGCUCAACCGUGCCAACAUCGCUAUUGGUGACGCCCUUCGCGGGAGCGCCUCGGAGGCCGCAGCAGGGGGUUCCGGAGAAGAGAGUGGGUCAAACUGAUCCAGGUCAUCGUCAUGCGCAGCGUGUGUCGAGCGGACCAUUCUUGGCACAGGCGAUCCCUCGCGUGCAUACUCUUGCACCCGUAUUGUCGUGUUUCAUCUCUCAGGGUAUUUUGAUUCGGGCGUAUGGAUGGACUAAUACAUGAGCGGAGAUGUUUUAGACCUUAAAUAUUUCGCCAGAACCCGGGUGGCCGCCGAG